AUGAGCGUCGCAGUGGACGCACUGUAUAUUUUCGAUGAUCAUCACAACUGUGUGCUCGAGCACGUUUACAAUGGACGGCCUCCUUCGGCGCAGACCCUCAUAUCCAGCUUCACAAGCCGACCUCUGCCUCGCCCAUCUAUCCUGCAACUCUCGGACCUCGCGCCGCCUGUGACAGCCUACUCAAUAUCUCACGCGGCGCUGCUUCUGGUCGCGACCUCAAGCAAAGAUGCCCAGUCUCUUGCGAUCCUAGACUUCCUCUACCGGCUCGUGGACGUGUUUGAAGACUUUCUCGGCUGCCCACUACUAGCCAACAAGAUCGAAGACAACUAUGAGAUCGUGGCGCAGCUACUCGUCGAAAUGUGUGACGGGGGUACUGUGUGCAAUACCGAACCCAAUGCGCUGCGAGAGUCGGUGGAGGUGUCGUCGGUCUUGGGAAAGUUGUUCACACAAGUUGGGCUACCUGGAUCAUCUCCGGCUCUUGGUCCAGCGCACAAUUUCUCCUCGACUCUACGGCCCACUGUGACUCCGACAACAGGACCGGCAAUCCCAUGGCGCAAAUCUAAUGUUCGUCAUACGUCGAACGAGCUUUACGUCGAUAUCGUCGAAAGUCUAGCGGUCGUCUUUGCGCCAUCUGGGCGUCCCCUAUCAGCUCGAUCUCAUGGCUCAAUUGCAUUUACCGCUAAGAUUUCGGGAGUUCCCGACCUGUUAUUGACGUUAGCGGCGCCUGGAGGUACCAACAGCGACAAAAAUUCGGAAAUUCUUCGCACAGUUCAGCUACCUGUCUUUCAUCCUUGUGUGCGAUUAGCCCGGUGGAAAGAUAGUCCUGGGGAAUUGUCUUUUGUUCCUCCCGAUGGCCGUUUCAUGCUCGCCGGCUAUGAGACGGACUUAAUGCCUUCCAGUCUCAACACUGACCAGCCUCCCAGCAAGAGCGACAAGCUUUUCCUGCCCGCUACUGUGGACCUGCGACCGGGACUAGGGGCUUCGGGUACCGAGUUCGAGGCUCGACUAACGUUAAACACCAACUUCCCGGGCGUUUCGUCGAUGGGAAAAUCAAGUACAUCCCGGUCAGGCUCGGGUCCGAUAUCUUCACUAUCAUUUGGCGGUGGAAGCAGCGGGCACUCACAUGCUCCUUCUUUGGAGGCGAUCAUGGUCACAAUUCCAUUCCCUGGCGAUGUUCGAAGUGUCACGGAGCUGAAGCCGUCUCGGGGCGAAGCCAACUUCAACACCUUUGACAAGGUGAUCGAAUGGAAAGUACCCACCAAAGACGGUGCAUCUAUCAAUGGAGUGGCCACCUUGACCGGCACCGUGGCUGGACCAUUGGCCAGCGCGGAUGCCGAGGACGACCAAUUUGAGGCGGCUGAAGUAGGCAAGUCGAACACAAUGGCCGGUUAUUACGAAGACGAUACGGUAGCGAACCGAAGCGAGAAGCAACAGACAACCGUUAAUGGCAACAACGGAGCCACGAAGAAAGCGCAUGCCAACAGGGCUCUGAUGCCUCGGUCGAUCGCGGUGUCGUUCAAUGUCAAGGGAUGGCUUGCCAGUGGCAUCAAAGUCGACGGGCUGGUAGUCGACGUCAAAAAGUCCAAGGGGCUGGGUGACGGGGUGAGACCAUACAAGGGCGUCAAGUAUCUCACAGUGAGUAGACAAGGAGUUGAACGACGAGUUUCAUGA